CAACAAAAGGUUUGACAACAUAUUGCGAAUCCGAUACAUGACUGGACCGAAGACGCUCUUCGUUGUGGACGUGAAACUCGCGUUUAAGAUCGCGAUCAGUUCGUUAAUGUAAAGAGACGUGUCGUACUGUGUGUGCCUGUACGCGUUGUACCUAAGUCUGAUUGAAGCGUUGUGUGGCGACCGCCAAUGACUUAGCGCAACGACACAUCGAAAUUGGCAUGUCGCUUGAAACCGACAGUUGUCCGCAGCAGAAAGAGUAUGAUUACCUGCUGAAGUUCCUGUUGGUCGGUGACAGUGAUGUCGGAAAACAGGAGAUGUUGAACGAUCUUGAAGAUGGAUCGUCUGAGUCUCCGUAUUGCAGUGGAAGUGCAUAUAAAACUACAAUCAUAUUAUUGGAUGGCAAACGAGUAAAAUUACAACUAUGGGAUGCAUCAGGUCAAGGGCGUUUAUGUACAAUAAUCAGAUCUUAUUCAAGAGGAGCACAAGGUGUUUUGUUGGUUUAUGACAUAACUAAUAAAUGGUCAUUUGAUGGAUUAGACCGAUGGUUAAAAGAAGUUGAAGAGCAUGCACCUGGAGUUCCAAAAGUUUUGGUUGGCAACCGUUUGCAUUUGGCAUUUAAAAGACAAGUUAGUGUCAAAGAAGCUGAAUCCUAUGCCUCUAAACACCAUAUGACUUUAUUUGAAGUCAGUCCGCUGUGUGACUUCAACAUCAGAGAAAGCUUUAGUGAAUUAGCAAGGCGAGCAUUACAUAGAAAUGGAAUGGAAAGACUUUUAAGAUCGAACAAAGUAUUGAGCCUUCAAGAGUUAUGUUGCCGUGCUAUUGUAGCCCGAACUACUCAGUACGGUAUAAACCAGUUGCCUCUACCUGUAACAAUUAAAUCACAUCUUAAAUCAUAUGCACUGACUAGUUUCUCAACCCUAUCCAUGUCAUUACCACGAAAUGCUUCGGCGUCCAAAAAAAUUAAAUUACCUUCCAAUAGUACAGGUGUGUCACGAUUACAUGGCUAUCCUACACAUUCUGUAUCACAUCAUCAUAAUUUGAAAAACACUCCAUUGAGCAUUUCGACAUCAUAUAUUACAAGAAACUCCUGUACAAUAUCAUGACUUUAAUCAUUACAUUAGUCAUAUACUCAUUCAUUUGAAUUUAUUUUUAAAAUCAUUUAAAUAUUUAGUAAGUGCAUCUUUUAUGUUUAACAAUGCUUUAAUUUAUUUUUUCAUUUGAUCUGUGUUAAACAAUGUAUUUUUUCAUUAAGAAAACGCAUAAACUUAUAUCUGUUAAGAUAAAUUAUGUAAAUUGGUGUGAUUUUUUAAUUAUAACUUGGAAGCAAUAAUUGCAAGAACCAUGUGAUUGUUCAAAGCACUCUGGUUUAUGAGAGGUUUUUUAAUUAAUCGAUGACUGUAUUUAUUAGUGAACUUGUGUAAAUAACAAAAGUAUAUAACUCACUUUUUAGUCAUUUUAUUUUUGCAUUUGUGAAUUCUAACUAUUUUAUUUCUUUUGUAACUGUUUU